CGCUUUUGUUUUGUAGGCAAAUCACGUGACAUCCGGUGUCGACUUUGAUAAAUCGUUACACGUAUUAUGUUGCAUAUGUGUUUAUCUGAUUUAACGCUAUUGUUCAACUUCCUCUCGGAAGGUAAAAGAAGCAAGGACGUUUAAAAUGGAGCCCCAGAAGAAGUUAAUAAACUCAGUGGACAGCUGUGUGGAUGAGGCUCUCUGUGGCCUCGUCAGGGCCAAUGGGGGCCUGUCUCUGCUGAGGGGCCACAGAGUUGUACUUCGGUCUGACCUGGACAACCUAAGAGGCAAAGUGGCUGUACUGUCUGGAGGAGGGUCAGGGCAUGAGCCAGCACAUGGGGGCUAUGUUGGUGCAGGUAUGCUGUCAGCAGCUGUAGCAGGUGGAGUAUUUGCAUCUCCACCUUCUGCCAGUAUCUUGGCUGCCAUUCUCUGCUUGCACAAUGCAGGAGCCUCUGGGGUUCUUCUCAUUGUGAAGAACUACACCGGUGACCGCCUCAACUUUGGACUGGCUGCAGAGCAGGCCCGUAACCACGGCGUCACUGUUGACAUGGUGAUAGUCGCAGAGGACUGCGCCUUUGACCAACCCAGCAAGGCUGGCAGGAGAGGCUUGUGUGGCACCAUGUUGAUGCACAAGCUGGCAGGAGCUUUGGCAGAAGAAGGCUGCUCACUGGACCAGAUCGUUUCCAAGGUGACAGAGGUUUUGAAGGGCAUCGGUACACUAGGGGUGAGUCUGUCUCCGUGCAGCGUCCCAGGCUGCGUGCCUUCAUUUGAUCUGCCACCAGGUGACAUGGAGCUGGGACUGGGAAUCCAUGGUGAAGCUGGGGUCAAAAGGUCAAAAGUGGCAUCUGCAGAUGAGGUGGUGAAAACCAUGAUAGAUCACAUGACCAACCCUGAUAGCCAGUCACAGCUGCCUCUGAAGUCAGGAGACAGUGUGAUUCUCUGUGUGAACAACCUCGGAGCGCUGUCUUGUCUGGAGAUGUCAGUGGUUACUAGAGCAGCAGUCAUGUGUCUGGAGCAUCGUGAGGUGGUGGUUGCCAGGGUGAUGUCCGGGUCCUUCAUGACAUCACUGGAGAUGGCAGGCGUGUCACUGACCCUGAUGAGGGCCGAUCAGGAAACACUGAAACUGUUUGAUGCUAAGCCUACCGCCCCCGCCUGGCCUAAUCUCAGCAGCAUGUGUGUAACCAGACGCAGCUACAUAUCUGAUCCUCCAGCCAUGAACACACGACCACAAGAUGACACAUACCCUCAAGGGCCACUGAGUCCUGUGAUGCGUAAAACAUUAGAGCGGGUUUGUUCCACACUAUUGGAAAAGCAGGAAGAGCUCAACUCACUGGACCGCGCCUCCGGGGACGGGGACUGUGGGAACACUCAUGCACAGGCCGCUAAAGCCAUUCAGGAGUGGAUGCAGGAUCACAUGUUUCCUGGUUGCCCGGGUCAGCUGUUAUCAGUCCUUGCUGGAUUGGUGCAGGAGAAGAUGGGCGGGUCCUCGGGAGCGCUGUACAGUCUGUUCUUGACUGCUGCAGCUGGUUAUGUGACAGAGCAGAGCAACGCCGCAGCCUGGGCCAGUGCAUUGCAUGCUGGGACACAGGCCAUAAGGAGAUAUGGUGGCGCCGAUCCCGGAGACAGAACAAUGUUGGAUGCUCUGUGCCCUGCUGUGGAUGAGCUGAUGAAGUUGAACACAGCUCCGCCCGGUGGACAGAUGGCUGUACUACAGGCUGCUGUACAGAAAGCAACCUUGGGGGCGGAGGAGACUCGUAAUCUCGCAGCACGGGCAGGGAGAGCCAGCUACAUCGCAGCUGAACGGCUCACCCUGCCCGACCCUGGCGCUGUGGCGGUAUCGGCCAUCUUGCGAGCUGUACUGGAGGUGCUGGAGGGGCAGAACUAACGCAGCAAAUGGUAUCUGAGGAAGUUGUUGCUCUCACCAGACAACUAGAACAACACUAUCAUGCCACAGGGUGAACAGUUCGGAUGUUUUUGCAGCUGUCCAACAUGAAGUAAUUUAAAAUUGCAUUUUGAUGUAAUUUGAUUGAACAGCUUCCAAAUGAGAUUUAGAAUUAAAAGAGUAACAAUAGCUUUAUAAGUCGGUUCAUUUAGCUACACACAAGUGUAAAUAUUUAACAACUAUGUAACGGCUAAUAUGUGACAACCUAUUGUAACUUAGUGAUCCACUGAAUAUCAUUUAAGUUCCACUGUGCACAUAGAUCAUAUUGUGUGAACUGAAAGCACUCUCUUGAUGAAACUGUAUUAAUACUGGCUAAUAAAAUAAAUUUUACAAAGUG